AUGCGCGGAGGUCAAAAAGAGGAAGUUCCUGGGCAACGGAGGUCCGGCCGGCAACGCAUAGAUCUGAGCGUUGUGGAAGAAGGGUUUUUAUUCGUUUUCGCCAACUCUUUCCUAAUUGGAACUGCUUCAGAUUCGACCGCCACGACCUGGAACGAGCCCUCCGUCAGAGUCUGGAAGAGGAGAGGAAAAGGCAGCUGACGUCGCCCAGUGGGACUACGAAGAAAACGAACAAAAAGGACACUCCCGCCCCGAAACCUUCGCCUCCUGUUAAGGCAAAAGAACCAGCGAAAAAGGGUCCUGGCCGAGGCAAAAAGGAACCUGUGAAGAAGGAAGAACCAGUCGAACCAGCUCCGUCUCCCGUCAAGCCUCCGGCCAAAGAAAAGCCGAAGGCGGUCGAGAAGAACCAAAAAACCAACAUCAAGAAAGCCAAACCGGAGCCCAAGAGCAGCGCCAGUGAGGUCAAGAAAGUCGAGGAGAAGAAAAAGGUCGUUGAAACCAAAACAACCAAAGCUCCAACGGGCAAGAAACCUACUAAAGCAGAAGAACGGAAGCAAAAAGAAGAGGAGAAGAAGGUGAAAUCGGAAGAAGAGAAACCGAAGGUGACGGAAGCGAAGGAAGAAGCUUCGGAGGAGCAGAGCGAGACGGCAGAAGCCCAGAAGGUGGCGACCAAGAGGAAGAACACUUCUGCCAAAGACCCCAGCGCCACCAAAAAACAGCGACUGCCAAAGACGUCCGAGUUCCUUUCUCUUCUCGAGUGUGCCCGCAAGGUCCUGUAGCCAUUUUUCUUUCCAAAACUUCAUUUUACCCAUUCUUGCAUAGUUGUUACCUUCCACGUUUUCACGUUAAAAUUACACGUUUCUUCAUAUUGCAUUUCAAUUUCCCACCAUGCGUAUUAUCCUCACGUCCGUGCAUUUAAUCCUUUCUCUAUUCUUAUUCCAAAGCGGUUUUUUAUUGAAACGUCAAGAAUUGCACGCGAAGAGUCGGUGUCGAGACGCCCAUCUUGGCGACGCGACAUGCUGGUUUCCACGACAGUUCGGCCGGGUUGGUUUCUGCUCAUCGAAUCGUGAAAAAUGACUGGGUUUCAGGUUAUAUUCGUUGUAGUGGACGCUCUGCGGCACGACUUCCUGCGGCCCAAGACCGACGACCAACCCAAAACUCCCUUCCGAGGGCAGCUGAGACGGGUGGCGGAAGCCGUGGCGAGAGGCGACGCAGCCAUCGGAACAGUACUCGCCGACCCUCCGACGACGACUCUCCAGCGAAUCAAGGCACUCACGACUGGCACGCUGCCAACCUUCAUCGACGCCGGCGACAACUUCUCUCCGGACGCCGUCGUCCACGAGGACAACAUCGUCUUCCAGGCACACGAGUUGGGCCAUAAUGUCACGCUUCUCGGCGAUAACACUUGGUAAGCUCUCAAAAAUUUUGAACCUUUUCCAUGUUUCUUUAUAUUUAGGAUGGUAGAUUACUAGCGCAAUAGAGAUCUGUUCACCAUUUCGAUUCUGUUGCUCGAUGAUUUUCUCAGUGUAAAAAUGGAUAAACUUAGGAACUAGGCAGUGGUCCCUAUAGGGCUACCUUAGGGGUCCUUUGAGGGCCCCCUCUAGGAGCACUUUCUAAACCCCUAUAGGGUCGACUAAAGCUUGCAAAAGUAGUCUAUAUAGGUGUUUUAGCUAGUGGCCCCUAUAGGGACCAUGCUAGCCGAUAAUUUUUAUGAACUCCACGCGAAAACUGAAAAAUAUCCUUUUUUGAAUAAAAUUGUACGACCCCUAUAGGGACUACUUAAACUUAGGGGCCCAGGGGUCAGACCCUCAACCCCGAUAGGAACCACCUUAAUUUUACCCCUAUAGAGACCACUUUUUCGGCCCCUAACCCCCAUAAGGACCGCUCUGAAAUUCCGCUCUCAAAUUUCCGAUGCGUAGAUCUCCAACCAAAAGGCGUUAAUUUUAGCUGAAUUUAUGUUUUUUCUCAGGAGCUCCCUCUAUCCAAAACGAUUCUCGCGUGUUGUCGCUUUCGACAGCUUCGACAUUAACGACCUCAACUCGAUCGACGACGCGAUUCGCCGUUUGUCGCCUACUUCCUCUCUCUAUACGAAGAUUCUUUUCAGCCGUCCUUGCCGAGGAGGUGAAGACAUCGAAUGCCUCUCUCAUUGUCGCGCACUUCCUCGGAGUCGACCACUGUGGCCACAAGUUCGGUCCUUUCCAUCCGAUGAUGAGCGUCGUUUUGAAGAAGGUUUCUUUCCUUUUCGCUGUUUCCUUCAUAUUCCAUGUCCAGAUUGAUGACGUCAUUGCUGAGACGAUCGAGGAAAUGCGCGACGACGACCUUCUGAUUGUUCUAGGCGACCACGGAAUGACGUCGACUGGAGACCAUGGCGGCGAUUCUGACGACGAGAUCAACGCUGGCAUUUUGGUAGAGUUUUUUCUGAAAUUCUAUUUUUUAAAGAGGUUUUCAUUGAAGGAAGAUCUGGUUCAUGUUAUAAAAUAUAUAUUUCUUGCAGGUUUCGUCGAAAAAACGAAAGCUCUCCCUUCCUUCCAGUCCUCUGCGACAAAUCGACGUCGUGCCAACGGUAGCAUUGCUUCUCGGCUUGCCGAUCCCGUUCUCAAACCUUGGCACUGUCAUCCACCAACUCUUUCCGCCAGAACUUCGUGAGCAAGCCAUCGCGCUCAACUAUGAACAGAUCAAAAGGUUCACAAACAUUUAGAAAUAUUUCUAAUUAGAUAUUUUGAAGGUUCGCUGAGAAUUACGCCUCCAAGAACGGCUUCGGAGAGCUUCAUAGCAUCAUUGCGCAUGAGUCGACCGAUUCGGAGAGUCAGCUGAGGUCGGUCUUUUUUUGGGAAAGUUCUGGAAUCCCCCCCGUUCUAAUAAGCCCCCACCAAGCCAAGUUCCGAUCUGCGGGGGAUAAAAUCGGAGGAAUUCAUGAGAGGGUGGGGGGAAACGUCUCUGUAAUAUAGAAUGACCUUCCGCAGUACCAAACGGGAGCCGAUUCUGAAUAGCCUAGGCGAUCUUUCAUAUUCGCCCCCCCACUACUUUGAAAUAGUACCCGCAGAGCUCAUCCGAACAAGCUCCCUAUCAUUUCAGAAUGACCCCCUCCUCUUUCAGAAAAACUCGUUUUAAAAUGGCAAGUAUUCAAGGAAAUAUAGCCACUCCUUUAAAAAGUUGUCUUAAAUUGAAGCUUUAUUGUCUUUCGACACGCAUGCAGUUCCCGUGUGCAUGAAAUUUAUCUCUUCAGAGUGAUGUCUCGUGUGCAAAACGCUCUUCGGACCGCCUGGACCCAGUUCGACUUCUCCUACAUCAACGUCGCCAAGAUGGGAAUAGUCGAUGCGAUCCUGUUCCUCAUGUCGGGAAAGCAGAUGAACGUGGAAGCGACUGUUUUUCGCGUCGGCUGCAUUCUGCUCCAGCUAGCGCUCCUCGUUGAACACUCGGACACAAACCCCGCCCAUUCGCUUCUGAUGGUCAGACUUUUGGGUGAAACUUGACUCCAUCUGUGAAUUUCAGAUGGCCACCAGUCUCUCCUGCGUCUUCUCCCUGUUCUCGUUGGCUCCGCGGGUGUUUCGUCUGCAGUUUGUCCCGUCGACGUCGACUUUCGCUGUCAUCUGUGUUCUCCUUCACUCGGUCUCUUUCUUCUCCAACAGCUUCGUCGUCAACGAGGGUCAAAUUCUCAUGUUCCUGCUUCAAAGCGUACUCCUCUCUAUGUUUCUCGACAGGAUUAGGUUUGUGACAAUUGCAUCCACAUUAGCGUAAAUAUUCUCUCGAAAUUUUGAAAGAAACGUUUUUUUAUUUGGCUUAGGUCAUCGUAGAACUAUGUAAAAAGAACACACGAUAUAGCUCAUUCACGGUUGGCUUGAGCAUUAAAAAAAGGGUCUCGACACGAUAGGAAAAGAGAUAGCGCCUGGUUAGUGGAGAGCGCAGAGAAUCGGCUAAAAAUUGAUCAGUGAGCAACCUUAAAGGUUAUGAACUUUAGAACGCUUGAAAUUCGAGUUUUUUUUUUCGUUUUAGAAUAUUUUUGAUCAUAUUCUUCGCCUUUACCAUAUCAUCAUAGGCAAAGUCGGAAGGGUGGGAAAUGGCUCUAUAGAAAUGUUCCUUUUAGGGUGACAAAGGGUCCUCUUUUGCUGCCUUUUUGCGCCAUUUCAUCGGCUGUUUUGCAUCAUUUUCGCUGCAUUUUCUUUUUCCACCAUUCCUUGAGCCUUUGAACUCCCAGAAAAAAGGAAAGGCUUGAUAAAGGGACCCUUUUUACCACCUUUGUGCGGCCAUUUUUGAGCCUCUCCCUUCUAGCGGCCAUUAUCCACCAUUCCGACGUUCCGCGAGAUAAAUGAAAAAAAAAGUAUAUACGUUUUUUUUUUGCUUCAGAUCCAACAUCGACCACCGUAACAAAAACUGGAAUCACGUUUUGAUGCGGAACCUGACCUCUCGCGAUGGUCUCCUGCUCCUCGGAGCGAUGCUCGUCGUCCGCAGCGAGCCCUACUUCCAUCGCUGCCGCGAGGAACAACUCGAUUGUCCGCAGAACUACCCGACGAUGCUCCUGUCGGCUCUCUCCAGUUCGUCUUCGCAGAGCAUUUGUAGUUUUGAACUUCGAAUUUCAGUUGACGCCCAAGUUUGGAGAGUUGCGGUCGCCUCGAUUGUCAUUUUUCUUGGAAACUAUCUUUUCCAUAGGUCGUUCCCGGCUCGGUCUGGUAUGUUUUGUUUGUUCUUGCCAGGUCAAUUUCGUGCUUUCUGUUCCUUAUUUAGUUUUUGCAGAAGAUUCUUAUAAAAAAUAAAUGAAAAAAAUUUCAGGAGUUAUGCGUGUAGUGGCGGCAGCCUCUUGGCUCGUGCACAUAGCCAUAGUUCUGCUCUCGCUUCUCAACGUCGUGACGGUCAAUGCUUCGGAGGUCAGCAUCAACACUGUUUGUUUCGGUCUUCUACUCGCUCAGUUCGUUUAUGCGACCUCAUUGGCAUCGGCUUCAAUCGGAUUUUUUCAUAGGUUUGUUUUCUUAUAUAUUCUAUACGUAUUAUUUGCGUAGAAUUUUUUUUAAAGAGUAUCGUUGUAAUUAUAAAAUUGGAAUCUCUUUCUUUAAAAAUGCGGAAUGUGUUGAGAGGUUCUUCUUCACAAAAAAAACACAUUCAACUUUUCCCACUGAACUAUUUUAGGGACGGAGAUUCUUUGACUGCCAUGUAUGCUGUCGUCUGGCCGUUAUACAUUCUCGUGGGCGACGGCCUCCAGCCAGCCGUUUUAGCUUUUGCUUUCCUGAUUUUCGUGAUAGCUAAAUACACCACCACAGGUUUGACUCCCUUAACAACGACUAAACUAUUUCCGACGUUCAGACCUGAUUCCACCUCUGCUCUGUUUGCUCGUACCCUACGGAUUCUACCUGACUGGCCACUCUCCGUGUAUCCCAACGAUUCCCUGGACUGCGGCGUUCAUCGGCGUGCCAGGAUCGCUGGGACUUCGCAUUUUGCCGGCCAUUCUGGUACUCAGUCACAUAUGCCUGUCGUCUUUGCUGACGUCGUUGCUGCUGCCACUGCGCAAGGCGCUUGUCUUCGCCUCUUCUUCGUCAUCUUCUGCGAGUUCCACCGCCCGAACUGCCUCCCACGCAAUCGCCCUCUGCGCGUUCCGCUGCCUUCUGUCGUGCGUCGCGUCGGUCUUUCUACGCCGUCAUCUCAUGGUUUGGAAGAUCUUCGCACCGCGUUUCAUCUUCGAGUCAAUUCUUUUCCUUGCGUUUCUCAUCUCACUUAAUUUUGUCGUGCUCAUUGCCUCCCCACCUCAUCGCCUUGCUUCUAUUUGA